AUGCCCAAGUUGCCGUCCCUGGUUCCCGCGGCAGUGGCUCAGCCACUGUCUCGCGGGACGGAAUUGGUGAGAGGUGCGGUGGGCAGCUUAACCUGGGGACCGGCUCUGUCUGUGGCCAGGCCCGCCAUCCUCUCUGUAUUCUCCAAGAUUGAGCGCGGCACGCUCCUUCUUGUCGAUGAGCCUGCUGAGUUCCGAAGAGUGUUUGGUCAGACGCUAGGUGCAAAGUACAAUGAGAAUCUUACGAACGGCGACCACAUCCCACGCCGCGCGGACGCUGUCCCUCGAGUCGAGCUGGUCGUUAAGAGUGAUGCCUUUUGGAUGCGCCUCUUUUUGUUCGCGGACAUGGGCUUCGCGGAAGCUUACAUGCUAGGCGAGGUUGAGUGCAAAGACUUGACUGCCUUCUUCCAGCUCUUCAUCGUCAACCGCGAAGAAAUGGGCAACGGAACGACAUGGAUCUCCAGCUUUUCAUCCGCCAUCUCAAGCUUGGCCCGCACUACAAACACCCUCUCAAAUGCGCUCCUCAAUAUUUCGGCGCAUUACGAUAUUAGUAACGAAAUGUUUGCCGCAUUCUUGUCACCGGACAUGACCUAUUCGUGCCCCAUUUGGAAGCUGCAAUCCGAUCCGAAUGCGCCAGAAGAGACGUUAGAGGCAGCACAAAUAACUAAGCUCCACCGUUUCAUUGACGGCGCUCGCAUAAAGUCUUCAGACCACGUGUUGGAAAUCGGCACUGGCUGGGGUUCGUUUGCAAUUGAGGCCGUAAAGACGACCGGGUGCCGUGUUACCAGUUUGACCUUGUCUAAGGAACAAAAAGUCCUUGCAGAGGAGCGGAUUGAAGCUGCCGGCUUUAGUGAUCGGAUCGAAGUUAAGCUAAUGGACUACCGGGCACUAGAGGUUGGAGAUAAGCCCUUUGACAAGAUUGUGUCGAUUGAAAUGCUGGAAGCGGUUGGCCAAGAGUUCUUGGGUACAUACUUCGCAUGCAUUGAUAAGUUGCUGAAGAAGGAGGGUGGUAUCGCCGUCUUCCAAUGCAUCACCAUGCCUGAAGGUCGACACGAGGCUUAUUCCAAAUCAGAAGACUUCAUAAACCAUUACAUCUUCCCUGGUGGAUACCUCCCAUCAAUCACUCAGCUGCUGAACCACAUUACUACCGAGUCGAGAGGCACGCUCAUUGUUGAGAAGGUCGAAAACAUCGGUGGCCACUACUCAAAAACUCUGCGACUUUGGAAGGAGGCAUUCCUUCAAAACUUUGAUUCCAAGAUCCGACCAGCAUUGAAGCUGGAACAUGAGGAUAUGACCGAGGACGAGAUAGAUGUAUUUAGAAGGAAGUGGGAGUAUUACUUCACAUAUUGUGAAGCUGGAUUCUUGACAAAAACGCUGGGCGAUGCGAUAAUAACGGUGGGCCGCGAAGGUGCCCUGGAAUUAAUGGAGGGUAUUCCAUUGUAA